CCUCUGAUUGGUCUGACGCGGUAAAUGGGGGCGGGUCUUCAUGACGCCGUGUAAGCUACUGUUGAAAUUCCAAUGCUAACCAACUUUAGCCAGCUUGCUAACAUGUAAUUCAGCGCAUGUAAAGAAGCACAUAUACACAGCUACUCUGGAUUUAAAUGGAUAAAUAAUAGUCAUCUCCAAAGCGGGCGCAUUGGAAAAAACUCGUCUGGAUGAUAGCUACUGCGCGUGCCUCGGGGAGUGAAACCGGAGCAUGUCCAGUUAGCCAGAACACGCAGAAAAUCGGCGGACAACGAACCUGGCAAAAAAGCUAGCCAGUGAGCCCGUUUGAACUGGGUCUGCGCUGAGGGAUUUGAACAGGUUUCGCCGCUCAGAGGACGGAGGGAGCCGGAUGCUUUGACUACCAUGAGUCCUGCAGGCUGCCCCCAUGUCAGCGGCUUCAAAGUGGACAACUGGAAGCAGAACCUGAGGGUUAUUUAUCAGUGUUUCGUGUGGAGCGGUUCGGCCGAGACCAGAAAACGCAAGGCCAAGUCAUGUAUCUGCCACAUGUGCGGCGCCCACCUCAACAGACUCCACUCCUGCCUCUACUGCGUCUUCUUCGCCUGCUUUGCCAAAAAACAUAUCCACGAGCAUGCCAAGAGCAAAAGGCAUAACCUAGCUAUCGACCUGCUGUACGGGGGAAUUUACUGCUUUAUGUGCCAAGACUACAUUUAUGACAAAGAGAUAGAACAGAUUGCCAAAGAGGAACAGAGGAAAGCCUGGAAGAUGCAAGGCAUAGGAGAGAAGUACUCGACAUGGGAGCCCACCAAGCGAGAGCUGGAGCUGCUCCGCCACAACCCUAAGAGGAGGAGAAUCACCUCUAACUGCACCAUAGGCCUGAGAGGUCUGAUAAACCUGGGCAACACGUGCUUCAUGAACUGCAUCGUGCAGGCGCUGACGCACACCCCGCUGUUGAGAGACUUCUUCCUGUCCGACCGGCACAAAUGCGAGAUGCAGAGCAACUCGUGCCUGGUGUGCGAGAUGUCGCAGCUCUUCCAGGAGUUCUACUCAGGCCACCGCUCUCCUCACAUCCCGUUCCGUCUCCUCCACCUGGUGUGGACGCACGCCCGUCACCUGGCCGGCUACGAGCAGCAGGACGCCCACGAGUUCCUCAUCGCGGCGCUGGACGUCCUGCACAGACACUGCAAAGAUGACAACGGAAAGAAAGCCAACAACCCAAACCACUGUAACUGCAUCAUCGACCAAAUCUUCACAGGGGGCCUGCAGUCUGACGUCACCUGUCAAGUCUGCCAUGGUGUGUCGACAACCAUAGACCCGUUCUGGGACAUCAGCCUGGACCUGCCGGGCUCCUCCACACCGUUCUGGCCCCUGAGCCCCGGAGGAGACGGGUCGGCGCUCAACGGAGAGAGUCACACCACUGGAGCCACGACGCUCACAGACUGUCUGCGCAGGUUCACCCGACCGGAGCACCUCGGCAGCAGCGCUAAGAUCAAGUGCAGCGGUUGCCAUAGUUACCAAGAGUCCACCAAGCAGCUGACCAUGAAGAAGCUGCCCAUCGUGGCCUGCUUUCACCUCAAAAGGUUUGAGCAUUCAGCCAAACUGCGACGGAAGAUCACUACGUACGUCUCCUUCCCGCUGGAGCUGGACAUGACUCCGUUCAUGGCCUCGAGUAAAGAAAGCCGGAUGAAUGGACAGUACCAGCAGACUGUGGACCCCUUCAACAAUGACAACAAGUAUAGUUUGUUUGCCGUGGUGAACCACCAGGGGACGCUAGAGAGCGGCCACUACACCACCUUCAUCCGGCAGCACAAGGACCAGUGGUUCAAAUGCGACGACGCCAUCAUCACCAAGGCUAGCAUCAAGGACGUACUGGAUAGUGAAGGGUACCUCUUGUUUUACCACAAACAGUUCCUGGAGUACGAAUAGUUCCCCUCCAGCAGCCCGCGGGAGGAGCUGAGGGAUGAGGCGAGGAUUAGUUGCAUGGGAAAAGGUAACGGAGUGACGAGAGAGGCAAGGAAAACAGAAACACAAGCCUACCUUAAUCACUCGACGUCGCAACUCUCACUCUUAACAUGGACCCACAUUUACUACAUGCUAAUCUAGUUCCUCUGUAUGAUAUUCGAGAACGAACUGUCUGCCGCGCAGGAUAAAGCAAAAAUACGAGAAACCCACGCGAAGCGCAAGAAAAGGUUUGAGGGGGGAUUUGUACGAGCCCUGAAGGAAUAUCACAUACUUGCAAAAAGCUUUCACUUGAAUUCAGUGGACGAAGAAGAAGAAACCGUCUCUCGUCGCGUCGCUAAGAGGAAAAAAAAAAACGGCCGCGAAAAUCUAACGAAAAGAAAGCGGAGGAGUGGUCUAGUAUCUUUCUUCUCUUAUCACACAGAAAGCGCAGGUUUUCUUUUCUAAGACCGUAGUUUAUCUGGGGAUGGUUUACUCGAUCACAAAUGCUGUUCUUCACCAACGUCUUGUUAACCGCUUGCAAAAAUACUCACAUUUAACAUCCAGGGGUGCUACGAGGCAGAGCCAAAGCCUUCGGCGGAGGGAAUUGGGUUCUGCUUUAGCGGAAGGGUGUCCCGUCUUUUUCUUUUCCUUUUUUUUUUUUUUUUCGUUUUCCCUUCUCCACGCGUGACCUGCAAGGAUUUCCAACUGGCAACUGUACGGACACAAGCACACCCGCGCUCCUCCAAAAGACCAAAUAUUUCAAGGAAGCUGUCUUAUUAUGCAUUUAUGUUCAGAGUGCAAGUACUUGGGGGAGGGGGCAAAGGGGGGGGUUAAAAAAAAAGAAAAAAAAAAGUCACCUGACAAAUAGUAUUCUGAAGUUUAUUCCAUUUAUUGCUCGUGAGUUUGUUGUUAUCACUCAAUUACUUUCAGAAAACAUUUCCUCUAAAAAACGAUGUGAAGUGACAGUUAUUUUCUGCCUCUCUUGCUGCUUCCAACAGUCAAAGGGGGGGAAACGGGCGACACAGUGAAUAUUAUAUUUUUAUACAUACCGCAAUUAGAAAGUUCGUUUACGGUUUUGCAUCCUUUCCCUGAACUCUCACAUCGUUCGUCUGUGCCGUCAAUCACGUCUUUUUUUUUUUUUUUUUUUUUUUUUUUUUUUGUACACAAAAGGCAAAAUUGUGCUGAUGAAUUUUUUGUGAAACCGCUGCUACGAUUGCUCUUCUUCUUUUUUUUUUUUUUUUUUUCUCUCGGAUUAAUUUGACCUUUCACACAUUCUCCACGUUAAACAUACGUUGUCGUGACGCUGUUUCAGGUAAAUGGCAAAAAAAAAAAAAAAGAAAGAAAAAAAAAAAGAACCGGACGCGGGGCGGGCGGGCGGGCGGGAGGGAGGGGGGGAUAAAAGAGGUGAGAACGGAGUUUGUAUAAUUGAUCAGAAGCUCAAUCCUGCAGUGUUAACUGUCGGCUGCAUGUCACUCUAAUUCGAUGUGUUUGUGUGUGCGUGCGUGCGUGUGCGUGUGUGUGUGUGCACGUGUAUUUGCCCAAGAAAGGGGAGUUGAGGGGGGGAGGGUGGGGGGGAAGGGGGGAUUCAGUAUAGGUGUGUUUGUAUAAAACGUGUUACUGCGUGUAAAGAGACAAAAAAAAAAAAGGUGCGUAUGUGUUCCUGUUUGUAUGCACGUGUGCCGUGCGCGUGCGUAUGUACUGUAUGUUCGUGUACUGAAUCAGUACUUGCAUUCAGCAUGCCGUCUGAGCUGGGUAUCACAGAUCGAUAGGAUUUUUUUCCACAUGUUGACGAUGUAUGUAAAAGUAUAUGUACAGUUUGUAUGUAAGAGACAAAUGGUGAAACCUCAAAAGUUGAUUUGUUCUUCUAUAUUGCUGGAUCCAGCCACGAGGGUCGUAAUCAGAAGAAUCUUGUCUUGAGCCGGUCAGUCAUUCCUCGCACACACAUGUAACUGCUGCAAGAACUGGACACAGUGAUGGAAAGACACUCAAAUAAAAAGAAAAUCUAUAUCUGUAA